AUGAGAAUUGACGAUGGUAUCUUGACAUAUAUUGCGGCCUCUAUCACAGUACCGAUCACAAGACAAGGAUUUUUAUGGAAGAAAGGUGAAAAUGGAAACUUUUUAAGACGAUGGUUUGUGCUGAAAAGAAAUAUGUUAUUUUAUUUCGAGAAAAUGAAUGACAAAAAACCGCACGGAGUUAUCAUUCUUGAGGGUGUGAUUGCAAAGAGAGCUGCGGACUAUUCAGGAUUAGUUUUCGAAAUUUCGCCAUCGACUGGUACGGAAGGUAGACGAUACUUGCUCGAAGCAAGCUCGGAAUCAGAGAUGAAAUCAUGGAUCACGUCACUCUCUCAUUCAAGUUAUGAAGUUAUGAAAAGGCAAUAUGAAUUUCUGAAAAAGGAAUAUGAAAAAAGAUUAAAGAGGAAGAAAAAUGAAAAAGAUGAACCGUGCAGUUAA